AUGGCUUACUACAAUCCUAUCCACCCUACUAUCCAAUCUGGCCAGCAGUCCGGGUUCUCCUCCCUUGGCAGCGCCGUCCCUCCUUUCUUGUCGGCGAAGCGCAAGCGAGUCCCCCAGCUCCUUUUCACACCUUCGUCUAAGUGGGGUGCCUCUUUCGGUCGCACGAACCAGAAUAGACCUAUCACAUUCGACAUGAACGGGUAUCAUGGCCAAGGAAUCCGAAUGAACGAGAUCUCCGCCAGAGGCGCACCGGCAUUGGGUUCUAUGAUGUUUGGGGCCAACGAUAUUGUCUUCCCGGCCAACGUCCGGCGCAUCACAUUCAGAAUCUGCUGGCCUGGCUACCAACACGUCGAAUGGACUCGUUCAGUCGAAGUUGUAACCUCCAGUGGACCGAUGACUCGCCUUCAACUUGCUCGGGCUAUUACUGACAAUUACGUCAACUACAUCUCGCACACAGCUUAUGCGACCUCCUCUGACCCUACUUGGCCCCUCAGCAGCGCCACUUUCCCCAGACUGGUUCUGGUCGCCUUAUGGAAUGUAUACGAAGACUCGUGGCAGGCUGACGUUGCCUUCGACUUUGCCUGA